CUCAUUCUUUUGCUUCUGAUGGGCCCUCUUUUCAUUAUUUGUUGUCCGCAAUUAACAUUUUUUAUCAGUGUGCGAUAAACAAAUGAACAUCUUACCUUUCAAGUUACGAACCAAGUAGAUGUCUACAAAACGAGGAAUAUAUUUAUAAUUGCCGUAUUUAUAUAGAUCACAUAUCUCUCAGCAAUAGACAACAUCAGAUAUUUAUAGUCACUUUCCAAUAUAAAUAGUCAAGCUGUUUCUCUCUCAUUGACUAGUUAUUCUUUCUGUUUCAUAGUAAAUGCUGCCAGCUGACUCUUUUUACUGUUUCCCACUUAUAAGUGUAACGAUGCUCUUUCCUUUCAAGAAGAAAAAUGAUAAUAAUGCGCCAGCAAGCUAUUAGUAUUUUCUUCUGUUUGGAAAACACUCCUGAAAACGACGCUGCUUGGGAGAAGAAAAUUGCUGAUUUUGGUGAAUACCAUGUUUAUUAUGAAAAUGAUCCAAAGCGACCCCUUUUUUAUAUUCUGCUUUUAAACUCGAUGGUGAGAUCCUUUUACUUGUAAGAGAUGCGCCCCAAAGCGCUCCAAGCAAGUUACCAGAAAGCAUGUUCUUAUUAAAUACAGCAGCAUGCCCAAAGUACAGCUUUCGAAACACAAAUGGUCCUUUUUUAAAUGAAGCGCUCUUACCUGUCGACCCGCAGAACGAUCUUUAUAAGCAUGAUAUUACAAUGAAUCAAACAAC